GUUGUGCCAAUGAGGACCUAACACAGCUGCCUGCUGACCAUCCCAGCCUGCAGUGACCAUGGCUCUCAGCAAGAGAAGUCACCAUGGCCUAGGUUUCCUUUGCUGCUUUGGAGGCAGUGACCUCCCCGAGAUCGACCUGCGGGACAGCAACCCAUUGCAGUAUCUGGACUUCUCCGGUCCCAUCCCGAAUCCAGAGGAGCUCAACGUCCGCUUUGCAGAGCUGGUGGAUGAGUUGGACCUCACAGACAAAAACCGAGAGGCUGUGUUUGCGCUACCACCAGAGAAGAAAUGGCAGAUCUACUGCAGCAAGAAGAAGGAGCAGGAGGACCCCAACAAGCUGGCAACCAGCUGGCCCGACUACUACAUUGAACGUAUCAACUCCAUGGCUGCGAUGCAGAACCUAUAUGAAUUUGAUGAGGAGGAGACAGACACAAGGAACCAAGUUGUAGAAGACCUGAAGACAGCCCUUCGGACACAGCCCAUGAGGUUUGUGACCCGCUUCAUCGAGCUGGAAGGCUUGACCUGUCUGCUGAAUUUCCUCCGGAGCAUGGAUCACGCCACCUGUGAGAGCCGCAUCCACACCUCUCUCAUCGGCUGCAUCAAGGCUCUGAUGAACAACUCCCAGGGGCGGGCGCACGUCCUGGCACAGCCCGAGGCCAUCAGUACCAUUGCACAGAGCCUGCGCACAGAGAACAGCAAGACUAAGGUGGCAGUACUGGAAAUCCUGGGCGCAGUGUGCCUUGUGCCUGGAGGCCACAAGAAGGUUCUCCAGGCCAUGCUACACUACCAGGUGUAUGCAGCUGAGCGCACUCGUUUCCAGACACUGCUGAAUGAGCUGGAUCGAAGUUUGGGUCGGUACCGGGAUGAGGUAAACCUAAAGACAGCCAUCAUGUCCUUCAUCAAUGCUGUCCUCAACGCUGGGGCUGGAGAGGACAACCUAGAAUUCCGCCUACAUCUCCGGUAUGAGUUCCUGAUGCUGGGGAUCCAGCCCGUGAUAGAUAAACUCCGACAACAUGAGAACGCCAUCCUGGACAAGCAUUUAGACUUCUUUGAGAUGGUCCGGAAUGAGGAUGACCUGGAGCUGGCCCGGAGGUUUGACAUGGUCCACAUCGACACAAAAAGUGCCUCCCAGAUGUUUGAGCUGAUCCACAAGAAACUGAAGCACACGGAGGCCUACCCCUGCCUACUGUCUGUACUGCAUCACUGCCUGCAGAUGCCAUACAAGCGGAAUGGUGGCUUCUUCCAGCAAUGGCAGCUCCUGGACCGAAUCCUUCAGCAGAUUGUCCUCCAGGAUGAGCAAGGCGUGGACCCUGACCUGGCACCACUGGAAAACUUCAAUGUCAAGAACAUUGUCAACAUGCUCAUCAAUGAGAACGAAGUGACGCAGUGGCGGGAGCAGGCAGAGAAGUUCCGGAAGGAACACAUGGAGCUCGUGAGCCGGCUGGAGAGAAAGGAGCGAGAAUGCGAGACGAAGACGCUGGAGAAGGAAGAGAUGAUGAGGACCCUGAACAAGAUGAAGGACAAGCUGGCCCGGGAGUCCCAGGAACUUCGCCAAGCGAGGGGACAAGUGGCGGAAUUGGUAGCCCAACUCAAUGAACUCUCAACCGGCCCGGUGUCUCCCCCGCCGCCCCCUGGAGGCCCACUCCCCUUGUCUGCCUCCACAACAACCAAUGAUCUGCCUCCACCCCCACCCCCCCUCCCCUUUGCUUCCUGCCCACCCCCACCGCCACCGCCCCUCCCUCCAGGAGGGCCCCCUACCCCCCCAGGUGCUCCACCCUGCUUCAGUUCAGGCCCGCCCCUGCCUCAGGACCCCUUCCCCAGCAACGAUGCCCCACUCAGGAAAAAGCGCAUCCCCCAGCCUUCACACCCACUGAAGUCCUUCAACUGGGUCAAGCUGAACGAGGAGCGUGUCUCUGGUACCGUGUGGAAGGAAAUCGAUGACAUGCGGGUAUUUCGGAUUCUGGACCUGGAAGAUUUUGAAAAGAUGUUCUCGGCAUAUCAGAGGCACCAGAAGGAACUGGGCUCCACGGAGGACAUCUACCUGGCCUCCCGCAAAGUCAAAGAGCUGUCAGUCAUCGAUGGCCGGAGGGCCCAGAACUGUAUCAUCCUUCUCUCCAAGUUGAAGCUUUCAAAUGAGGAGAUACGACAGGCCAUCCUAAGGAUGGAUGAGCAAGAAGAUCUUGCUAAAGACAUGCUGGAGCAGCUCCUCAAGUUCAUCCCCGAGAAGAGCGACAUUGACCUCCUGGAAGAGCACAAGCAUGAGAUUGAGCGGAUGGCACGCGCAGACCGCUUCCUCUAUGAAAUGAGCCGGAUUGACCACUACCAGCAGCGGCUACAGGCCCUCUUCUUCAAGAAGAAGUUCCAGGAACGGCUGGCAGAGGCCAAGCCCAAAGUAGAAGCCAUCCUGCUGGCCUCCCGGGAGCUGACCCUUAGCAAGCAUCUGAAGCAGAUGCUGGAGGUGGUCCUAGCCAUCGGUAACUUCAUGAACAAGGGACAGCGUGGGGGCGCCUACGGGUUCCGGGUAGCCAGUCUCAACAAGAUUGCUGACACGAAGUCCAGCAUUGACAGGAACAUCUCUCUGCUUCAUUACCUGAUCAUGAUCCUGGAGAAGCACUUCCCUGACAUCCUCAACAUGCCCUUGGAGCUGCGGCACCUAUCAGAAGCUGCCAAAGUCAACUUGGCAGAGCUGGAGAAGGAGGUGGGCAUUCUCAGGAGGGGCCUCCGAGCAGUAGAGGCGGAGUUGGAAUAUCAAAGGCGCCAGGCACGGGACCCCAAUGACAAGUUUGUCCCUGUCAUGAGUGACUUCAUCACAGUGUCCAGCUUCAGUUUCUCAGAGCUGGAGGACCAGCUCAAUGAGGCCAGGGAUAAGUUUGCCAAGGCGCUGACGCACUUCGGGGAGCAGGAGAGUAAGAUGCAGCCAGACGAGUUCUUUGGUAUCUUCGAUACCUUCUUGCAGGCCUUCUUGGAGGCCCGGCAGGACCUGGAGGCCAUGAGGAGGAGGAAGGAAGAUGAUGAGCGGAGGGCGCGCAUGGAAUCCAUGCUGAAGGAGCAGCGUGAAAAAGAAAGAUGGCAGAGGCAGCGGAAGGUCCUGGUGGGUGGCACCCUGGAGGAGAGCGGCGAGUUUGAUGACCUGGUGUCAGCCUUGCGCUCCGGAGAAGUCUUUGACAAGGACUUAAACAAGUUCAAGCGCAACCGCAAGCGAGCAGGGACUCAGGCCCCAGAGGUCACCCGAGAGCGGGCCAUAAACAGGCUAAAUUAUUGACUUGGGGCCACACAGCAGCCGGCCUGAAGACAGACGUG